AUGUCGGCCUCGCCUACUUCAGCUGUGGCUUCUGCCAAGAGACCUCUCGAAGAUCCUUCCUCACCAGCAGGUCCUAAUGAUAUGCCAGAUGCUAAGAGACAGGCACUUGAUAAGACCAUUGGUGAAAACAGCACCACAAUAGCAGAAGAAGACUUAAAAACAGAAACUAAUGGCACAGAAGUCGAAGUGGAAUCCAAGGACGACCAAGUCGUUGUCCCUGAGGUUGACGGUGCCAAUACUGCCAAUGAGCCUACUGAGAGGCACGAGAUGUUGCCAAUCCCCUCUAUUCCGGCACCUACUGACCACACCACUGCUCAGUCAGCGUCGUCCAUGCCGACACAGGACGAAACUCAGUGGAUACAUAUACGAUCAGUAAUCUCCAGUGCUGAAGCUGCCACAUGUAUUGGCAAAGGCGGGGAGAAUGUUACUCAGAUCCGUCGAUUAUCUGGAGCGAAAUGCACUGUCAGCGACUACUCUAGGGGAGCAGUCGAACGAAUCUUGACAGUUAGUGGUGCCCAGGACGCUGUUGCUAAGGCUUUCGGUUUGAUCAUCCGAACUCUUAACAACGAGUCCCUAGACGCCCCUUCCACAGCCCAAUCAAAGACCUAUCCUCUCCGUCUGCUGAUCCCUCACAUCCUAAUAGGCUCGAUUAUUGGCAAAUCGGGGGUGAGAAUAAGAGAAAUACAAGAAGCUUCAGGUGCUCGCCUUAAUGCAUCUGAUGCAUGCCUCCCCUUGUCCACAGAGAGAUCGCUCGUCGUGCUUGGUGUGGCUGAUGCAGUUCACAUUGCUACCUAUUACAUCGCAGUCACUCUGGUCGAGCAGCUGACAGAACGUUUCGGCGGACCCGCUGCUUCGGCAUACGCCACCAGAAGUGGUGGUCCAGCAGGUGUUGUUCCUGGAGGCAUGCAAGUUGUUCCGUAUGUGCCUCAGCCUGCUGGUGGUCAGUAUGGUCAUCCAGACACAUACCGCAGACACAACACACAACCUCCACAGCAGCAACGUCCUAGUGCAUAUCCUCAGUAUGGCCAACCAGCGCCACAACCCCAUCAACCAUAUGGUGCCCAGCCAGCUUAUGCAAACUCUCCACGGGCACCAAGCUAUGGCGCUCAGCCACAACCUUAUGGACAAGUGCCUCAGCCCGCGCAUCACGCUCCACAGCAUCCACAACCUACUAGUGCCAUGCCAGGUCAGCCGAUCACUCAACAGAUCUUCAUCCCCAACGAUAUGGUCGGUGCUAUCAUUGGUAAAGGUGGUGCUAAGAUCAACGAGAUUCGACACCUUAGUGGCAGCGUCAUCAAGAUUAAUGAACCUCAGGACAACAGUAAUGAGCGACUUGUCACCAUCACCGGAACGCAGGAAUGCAACCAGAUGGCGUUGUACAUGCUCUAUUCUAGACUAGGUGAGUCCAAGAAGGACGCUCAUACCAAGUCGUGA